AUGUCAAAAUCAUGCCAGGUAGCUGCUACAUUAGUUUCUAAGCUUAAGCUUAAUUGGACAGCUAAUGAAAAUAGAGAUGAAAUUAAACAAAAUCUCAUAGAAAUUGUACCUAACAAUACUUCUAUAAAUAUAUCAAUUUCUCAAGAAUCAAAUCAAUCAACCAUAUCUACUACUGAUCAGCUUGAAAAUAGUGAUUCAUAA